AUGCCAAGACACAGAUUACAGGUUUAUUAUCCUGCAGUGAAGAGGAGGCCAUCACCACCAGAGGACCAAAAUGUGAUAUCCCUCCGCGGCGCAGCGCCCCCUAGAGGCCUGCAGGAGGAUCAUGAUGUGAUAUUCCUCCGCGGCACAGCGCCCCCUAGAGGCCUGCAGGAGGACCAUGAAAUGAUGUCCCUCCGCGGCACAGCGCCCCCUAGAGGCCUGCAGGAGGACCAUGAUGUGAUAUCCCUCCGCGGCACAGCACCCCCUAGAGGCCUGCAGGAGAACCAUGACGGGAUACCCCUCCGCGGCACAGUGCCCCUUAGAGGCCUGGUUCAGACCGACAGCCCUAACUUCCUGUGCAGCAGCCUGCCGCAGCACUGGAGGAGCAACAAGAGCCUGCCCAGGGUCUUCAGCGUGGUUGCCCUGGGAAACGACGUUCCUGACGGUGUUGUUGUCGUGGUGAUGGCCGGGAAUGAUGACAACAGCAGGGCGGAGCUACGUAACGCCACGGCAACCAUGAAGCAGGGACACGCCCACUUCACUGACCUGCGCUUCAUAGGGCGCAGCGGCAGAGGUGAAAACACAUUGAUAACAAUUAGCAGAG